GGAUCCAGCGGCCGUGGAUCUAGUGUCGAUUAGUGCAGAGUUUUGACGUAUUGGCCAUUUCACUAGGAUCGUGGCCUUUUUGACUACCUGAAAGCGUGGUUGAGCGUUCGCAAUGACUGACCGGGAGAUCGGCCCGCUGAAGACGUUGGAUGAACUCCUCAACUUCAAGGAACCGUUACUGUGCACUGUGGAACCGCUCAGGGACGUAAAGCGAGGUGGACCGAAUGAUCCGAAAAUUCUCUUCUGCCACGACAUGAUGGGCGGCUACCUUGAAGACAGGUUUGUCCAUGGCUGCGCGAAGCACAACAGCUACCGGUUCCAUCAUUGGCAGCUGAUCGAUAGCUUUGUCUACUUCUCCCACUACAUGGUCACGAUCCCGCCUCCUGGCUGGAUUUCUGCUGGCCACAAACACGGCGUCAAAGUUUUAGGUACCUUUAUUGUGGAGGCAGAGCCUGGCACCAAGAUCCUCAAGGAAAUCAGGGAGGCCAACCUUACGUCCAAAGUUGCCUCUCAGCUUGCCCUCGUUGCUACUGCGUACAAGUUUGAUGGGUGGCUUAUCAACAUUGAGAGUGAGAUGGGCAAGAACAGUGGCCCGUUCCUCAAAGAGUUUCUAAAGGCCGUCACCUCGGAAACCCACAAUGCCGUGCCCGGUUCGCUGGUCAUCUGGUACGACAGCGUCCUGCCGAACGGGAAGCUAGACUGGCAGAAUCAGUUAAACAGCAAGAACUCGUGCUUCUUCGACCUCUGCGAUGGUAUCUUCCUCAACUACGCCUGGACCGAAAAGAUGCUCCAGAAGUCGGCGAGCCUCGCGGGGAGCCGCAAGACCGAUGUCUACGUUGGCAUCGACGUGUUUGCACGCAAGACAACGUAUGCUGGUGGCUAUGAAACGUUCAAGGCCGUCGAAGUGGCUCGCAAACACGGUCUGUCGUCAGCCAUAUUUGCUGCCGGCUGGGUCUACGAGACGCAGGACAGGCAGAAAUUUGCAGAAAAUCAGUGCCGGUGA